GUUUUUUUCUUGUAUGUACUAUAUUUCAUAGAAUACACGAUAAUUGGAUUAGUGGGAUACAGUAAAGCACAAACAAUUUUAUUUAGUUCUAGUUAGUUUUAGUUAAAAUUUUGUGUAAAAAACAUUAAAGAAAUCAUGAAUUUCAAUAAAAUUUUUAUAUUGGCUGGUCUAAUAAUUGGUGUUCUUUCCAUGCUGUGGUUUGUUAUAGCAGCCCUAUUAGAGGAACGUGUUCCGAAUGCUCUUAUAGCCAAAGAGGGUUACAUAUUUGACUAUGUGGUGGUGGGUGCUGGCACAGCUGGUUCUGUGGUGGCCUCAUUACUUUCAAAACACAGCAAUGCCACCGUUUUGUUAAUAGAAGCAGGUGACCGCUUUGGCUUACUAAGCAAAAUACCACUGUUGACAACAUUCCAACAAAAGGGCUUAAACGAUUGGUCUUUCCUUACAACACCACAAAAGCAUUCAUCCAAGGGAUUGGAGGAGCAGCGUCAAUGUCUUCCACGUGGCAAAGGUCUCGGUGGAUCAGCAGAAUUAAAUUUCAUGUUACAUUGUGAUGGUUAUGAAGGUGAUUUUGAACGUUGGUCGCGCGACUUUAAUCUCAGUUACUGGAAUUGGUCGUCCGUUAAACCAUUUCUUGAAGCCGGCAAUGCAAAACCGUACGAACUCCUUGAAAUACCAGCCACAUAUUCCAAAAUCACCAUAGCCGUACAAAAGGCACAAAAUGAAUUUAUGCACAAACCAUGGCGCUUUCGAAAAGCACGAUACAAUAUUAAAAAUGGUCUACGCUAUAGCGUCUACCAGCGAUUUUUACAUGACGUCCACAAAUAUAGAAAUCUUAAGAUAAUGACGAAUACCAUGGCCAAAAGAAUUGAAUUUGACAUGAGCAAAAGUAAUAAAGUCAAAGUGAAAGCCUUAAAGAUUGCCACUAAAGAUGAACACACCCGAAAGGAAUACAUCUACGAUGUGGAUGUCCAAAAGGAACUUAUCAUAUGUGCGGGAGCCUAUCAGUCACCACAGCUGCUAAUGGUAUCCGGUAUAGGCAAUCAAGAGGAAUUAAGAAAACAUAAUGUUUUUGUACCGGACUUUGUGCCAGAGUUGCCUUUAGUUGGCCAAAAUCUACACGAUCACGUGAAUUUACCUUUGUACACAUCCAUACAAGUAGUGGGUCCCACUUUAAAUCAACGCUCUCUAUUGGAUCCUCUUUCGAUUUUCAACUACUUGACCGUGGGCUCUGGCCAUUUGGGCAAUUUUGGUGUAUUGAGCCAUAUAGACAGCCUGGAAGGAAAUGUCAAUGACACCUUUAGUUUAGCCUUUUUUGGUGCUGGCGCUAUAGAUGAAUUGUCCUUAAUGUCUAUAUCGAAUUUUAAGAGAACACAUUUUCGAGCAUUAUUUCCCCGUUAUUUUAACACAAGUCAGGAGGGUUUUGUUGUUAUAUCGAAUUGUUUACAGCCGAAAUCGCGGGGUAAUGUGAAAAUACGUAGUGCGAAUGUAAGAAAAAAUCCCUUGAUUGAUCCGAAUUAUUUGUCCGAACAACAUGAUGUGGAGUGCACUAUAAGGGCAGUACGAGCGGCGGUAGAGGUUAUUACCUCUCAAGCAUUUGCAGAACUGGGACCGAAAAUUCAUUGGCCACGCAUAAAAGAGUGUGCGAACUUUGGACCGUUCGAGAGAGAUUUUCUAUUAAAUAAUCCAAGUGAUACCUACUUGGAGUGUAUUUUACGAUAUGUCGGCUUAGGAUCGCAUCAUCCAGCGGGUACAUGCGCCAUGGGCAAUAAACCUGAAAAUAGUGUUGUCGAUUCAAAAUUCAAGGUUCAUGGAAUUGAAAACUUACGUGUUAUAGAUGCCAGUGUUUUUCCUACGCCAAUUUCUGGUUAUCCCAACUCCAUUGUUGUAGGCAUGGCGACAAGAGGUGCUGCUAUGAUCUUAAAAGAUUAUAAAAGACAUAUUACACAGGGAUGA